AUGUUUGGCGAGUUCAUCAACGAGGCACUUGUCAAGGAACCUAUGGACACCAUGGAGCGAUAUGGCCUACGUGAUGCUGGCUUUGUGUAUAUAAAUCUCGACGAUGCAGAUCCUGUCAAGUUUCCCAGUGGCAUAAACGCACUUGCUGACUAUGCACACCGCCGAGGCUUCAAGCUCGGCGUGUAUGGUUCUCCAGGACAAACAAGUUGUUCGGGCUUCAUUGGAAGCGAGGGGAAAGAGAAUGAAGAUGCAGCAUUGUAUGCUUCUUGGGGAGUUGAUCAUUUGAAGUAUAAUAGUUGUUGCUCGCAUAUGUAUGCGACCAAAGACGAAGUGAAGAAGGUCAUCCUUGACAUGUCGACAGCUCUCAUGAAUCAGAUCCAUCCGAUCGAAUGGGCCGCUGCUGAACGCGCAAACCACUGGCGGAUCGGACGAGAUAUCUCUGAUAAUUUUGUGUAUCCUGGUCUGAGGGACGGAUAUUAUUACGAUGUCUUGGAAAUGAUAGAUCGUGAAAACAAUAUUACCAAAUAUUCAAGGCCUGGUCAUUGGAACGAUUAUGACAUGCUGAUUAUGAAUCUGACUGGGAAAUGCACCCAGCUUGAUCAUUUCAGUCUUUGGUCGGUGGUCGCAAGCCCUCUACUGAUUGGCUCUGACGUGAGGUAUAUGGACAACUAUACAAUAGAGAUACUCACUAAUAAGGAGGUCAUUGCCAUUAAUCGGGACUCGCUCGGAAAUGCAGCUGAGAAGGUAGCGGACGCGGGAAAUGGAACAUUGCAAUCGUACGCGAAGAACAUGUCGGACGGCAGUAUUGCAGUUGCGCUGAUCAAUCGUUGGACCGAGACGGCUGUGAUGCCUCUCAUCAAGGAGUUGGAGCUUUCUUGGCCAAACUAUAGAUUGCGAAAUCUGUGGCGGCACAAGGAGCUCGGGCCGCUGAACAUAUUGGGUGCAGUUGAUGAGCCAUGAGACGAAAGUAUAUCAGAUGUGGCAGGUGAAGUAGCAUAUUAGAGGUGGAAGAGCAGGCCAACUGUGGCCAAGUUCAAAUGGAUUCGUAAGAAAUAUAAGGUUUUCCCAAG